AACAACACUCGUUUGACCGGGCGGGCGCAUGUGUCCUCAGCUAUUUCCGCCCAUUCCGACACAUCCGGCUGCGCAAUAACAUCGCUUACAACAUUCUGCGCUACAUAUGUUCAAUGUCGAGCGCCACAAAAGAGCCCCGCGAUGGCGCUCAGAAGCGUCGUGCGAGCCGAUCGCCAGAUCCCCAUGGAGUACAACCGAAACGUUCUAUGCAAAAUUUCAAUCCAGCAGAUCCGAGGAAUAAAGGUCGUGCGGCUGCGAGGGCUUCUUCAGGGACUGCAAACGGGCUCAAUGGCGUCGCAUCACGUCGGAAUUCCGACCAAUUCCAAGUUUCGCGGUCUUCGUCCACAGCGCCAUUCGCAGGGCGAGAUGUGUGGCCUGGCAAUAGUGCGCCACCAGCUGCACCCGCGCCUGUUGCGCAGAUGGGAGGCCACGUUACGUCCCGCGCCGGCGUCAAUAAAGUGAGCUUCACCAAAUUGAUGAUGGAGUCUCAGUCGCAGGCCGCGACCGUUGCCAUGUGCCAGAUGAGCCUCAAUCAAGCGGAAGCGGCCAGGACCAGGGCUCUGAGAGAAUUCAAAGCGAAUCAGCACAACUUCGGCGAGUUCCAGGCGAUAGCAGAGCAAAAGAACACCGCCAAAGUGCGGACCGAGGAGAGGUUCCGCCUUGCCGAAUAUGAGCUUCAGCAGGCCAUCGCACGCCAGAAAACCAUCACAGAGGAACUUUCGGAGCUCAUCUUCUUGGCUACGGAAACUCCACCGCCGCCGCCGCCGCCGCCACCACCACCAGUGGUCGAGCCCUCGCCGAUCGCGGACGUAGUCUCGCGAGAGCAGUUUGAUGGCCUAAAGGCCGAAUUAUCGGAGGUUAGAGAUAGCCUCAAGUCUCUGCAGAGCUCCAUCAGUGUUUCAGCGAACGACACGAUGAGCAAGGUUGACAGCAAGAUCGCUGCUAUGCCACACAAGGACUUCAGCGCCGACAUUGACGCAAUGGCGACCCGCGCGAAAUUGCUCGAGCAAUCUCUUCAGGAGCUACGCUCGUCAUCAGCGACAGUUUCGGAGGUUCAAGAUGUCAAGUCUAAUCUGAAAGCACUUGACUCUCGGGUCGAGAAAGCGGAAUCGGCUGCGAAAAGCAUGCCUCAGGCUGUUGCGCCAAUGGCACCAUCAGCGCCGCUCGCCAACCAGAGUCUGACACCAGUCCUCCAACGCCUGACGCAGGUAGAAGCUGACAUGACAGCAAUGGCGCGGGAUUUGCCAGAUGACAUUAAAGAUGCAAAUACAUCGACCGUCGAGGAAAUGGAAGCUCAAAUCGAACGGUUCAGAGAAAGAUUUACCGUGGAAAUGGACAAUAAGCUCGCGGAGCAAUGGGAGGCCUUGAGCGCCUGGCGCGACGCGAUCACAGUGCUGCAAAGAAACAUGCAGACCUGCAUAGGCGAUCACAGCAUUUUGCAAACAUCACAACAAGAACUCAAAACAAAUAUCGAUGCGCUCUCGCAGCGAACAAGUAGCGAGGGUGCACCAUCGCUGGCGAACGGCCAGACUCCGGGUCUCUUGAGCUUUGCACCAGUCGCUCCCGUCCACGAUGUUGGCAUUGAUCGCAAUCCAUUUGAGAAACAGCUUGUGAACGGGACCGAAGCUUCUUACAAUGGGACUCAUCUCACCCACAUGAAGAAUGAUAUCGAGAUGCUCAAGGAGCGCGAGAGACUGCAUACGCACCAAUAUAGCAAUCUCAUCACCGACCAGGUGGUCGAGAACAUGGUCGAUGCCAUGGCAAAGCAAUACCCCGACGUCAAGAAUGCGUAUGCGUCCAUGCAACUUCUGACGACUGACCUCAACACACUCCGGGCCCGAACGAACAAUGCGGAACACGCCAUCGCCCGCAUGCAGAACGACCUUGCUAACCUCAGCAACACGGUGUCGUCAACGGACAGGGAUUCGCGAGACCUUGCGCAACGCAUGAACAGUACGGAGAACAAUACGGCGACUACUAAAAGAGAAGCCGUGAAGUUGCGUGACGAGCUGUCUGCCCUGGCCACACGAGUGGACCAGCAUGCGCAAGCCGUCGAGGCUGGAACGGGUCACAUGAAGCAACUUGGUGACGAUUUGCACAAGGCGUUCCUGGACAUUGCCGUCCUAGACGGGAAAUUGGGCAUCCUGCAGGACGUUCAAAAAGGUGUGACGGAGCAUAGCGUUAAUGGGACGGGAUGA